AUGUUGUUAUGGCUAUAUAAAUUAUUCAUUCCAAAGACAAUUCUCCGUCGAUGUUUAUUAAAACGCUGGCAUUGGCGAUCGAUUUUAACAUAUUUCGUACUAGUUAGCUUUUCAACUGUCGUACUUAUCGUUUAUCCUCUGUCGGAUAGCAAUGACAGAUCGACUGUUUCAACGAAUUCUUCCAUUGUCGACAAUGAAGUUAUUCAGUGUCGAUUCCCACAAUUAUCUUUGUACAAUGCUGACUUAAAUGUGACAGAUCAGAGAAAGCUACCGUCGACGUGUAAUACAAAAUCUUAUCCAGUUAUUAUAGAAAAUAAUCGUAUACGAUUGAGUCAUCCGUAUGUUGACUGCAUAGUUACGUUUUACUUGGGUGAAGGUGAUGCAUCGUACAAAAUGACUUCUACUAGAUUAAUUUACAAUCAGAAUACUCAGUUAUUGAGUGAUUACUUUGUUUUAAAAUGUGAUAGAACAAUGAGAAGAGGUGUUUUUUCUGGAGUUCCUUAUGCAUCGGUACAUUACAAUGAACGUGUUCAUGAAAGAUUGGCGAAUUUUCCUAGAAAAGAAGACGAGUUUAAUGUGCUGAUUCUUGGUAUUGAUAGUGUAUCCAGAUUACAAUUCGAACGAAUGUUACCGAAAACAUUUGAUUACCUCACAAAAGAAUUAGAAGCUACUGUUUUGAAAGGUUACAACAUCCUAGGAGACGGCACGCCACAACAACUUAUCCCUAUGCUAACUUCUUUUAAAGAAACUGAAUUGCCCACAACGUUGCGUCGACAUCGUAAUAGUUCAUUUGUUGAUGUAUAUCCGUUCAUAUGGAAUCAUUAUCGUAAACAUAAUUACGUGACCGGCUAUGCUGAAGAUCGUACUGAAUAUGGCAUAUGGACACUUCGCUUGAAAGGUUUUCGAAAGACUCCUACUGAUCAUUAUCUGCCGCCGUUCUAUCGAAUAUCUACAACAAGAUCACUAAUUAGUAAACGGGGUUCACAUUGUAUAGGUAAUCAAACCGCAGUCGACGUGUUUCUUUCUUAUGUUGAUCAGUUUUGGUCAUCAUAUUCGCGAUAUAAGAAAUUCUUUUUCGGAUUUUUGAAACAGUAUACGCAUGAUGGUUAUACAGGUGGCACAAUACUUGAUGAUUCGUUUUUGAAAUUUUUACGAAAUUUCCGUGAAGCUGAUGAACAUAAGAAAACGAUUCUGAUUCUCAUGACUGAUCAUGGUGCACGAUUUUCUGCUACUCGAAGGACGCCUCAGGGCAAACUUGAAGAACGUUUACCAUUUAUGAGUUUUACCUUUCCUAAACUAUUCCAGGAAAAGUAUCCAAAAGCGAUUGAAAAUCUCCAAAAGAACAUUCAUCGGUUAACUACACCCUUCGAUAUACACGCUACACUUUUAUCAUUAUUGAAUAUGAAUAAAAUGAACUACAAUCAAGAGAAUUCCGUUCAUCAGCGUAAUAUUUCUUUGUUUCAUAUUAUACCCGCUCAACGAACAUGCAGUGAUAUUAAUCUUGAACCACAUUGGUGUUCGUGUUUACAAUGGAAAACUAUCGAGACAAACGAUGACAAAGUUCAACAAGCAGCGAAACAUAUUGUCAAAUUUAUAAAUACUCAACUGUCGCUCGUGGAAAAUAGUCUUUGUCAGCAACUCAAACUUCAUUCAAUUCAUAACGCACAAAUGUAUCGACCCAAUACAGCGCUAUUGACAUUUUCAAAGUCGUCUGAUGUUGACGGCCGUGUACCAAAAUAUGACGAUAACAAAACUAAUAUUAUAUUCUACCAAAUAACUUUUGAAACGAGUCCCAAUCAGGCACUAUACGAAGCCACAACACAAUACUCAACAAAGUCAAGUGGUUUCGUUGCGGAUCUUGAUCAUAUUAGUCGUCUGAAUGCAUAUCACUCUUCGGCAGCAUGCAUCGAAACAAAUUAUUCACAUCUGAGAAAAUUCUGUCAAUGUAUCAAAUGA